AUGGCCACUUUGAACUUCUCAGUCCCAACUGGACAAACUCAAGUCAAUUCCUUUGUCUGUUACGUCAUACAGAGCGGUUUUCUUGUGGAUUUGACUGGUGCCGCAGUGAUUUGUAACGUGAUAUGUCAAUGUGCUGACCGGUUUUGGGCCAUUAUCUAUCCGAAAUCCUACCGUGCUCAUACACAACGUUACAUCAUCGCAUGCUAUAUGUUCAUUGUUAAAUACUCCAUUCUGGUCUCAUGUUUGCGCUUUUUUCAAGCAGAUCUGAUUGACGGAAAAUGCACUCCGAUACAUCUAUCGAUCGAAAAAUAUGCGUUAGCCACAUUGAAAAUCAUCUUACUCUAUUUCCUACCGGUUGUGCUCAUGNUCAUGCUCUCACUGACCAUUCCGGUCAUAUGCCAAUUGCGGCAGUACGUAAUCGGGACUGGUCGUGACCAAAACACCACAACAGUACCACAGCACACCAACUGUAACGGAAUUGAACGCAAUGAGGAUCUAAAACAGGCCAUUGUGAUUGCCCAGCGUAGUAUAUUUCUCAACACAUUGAUACUAGCGAUCGAACUAACUGUGUUGGAGCUAAUUUUAAUCAUAUUUCUGGUUUUAGACAAACUACGCGUCGCACUGAUGGGAGUUCCUUCUCCUUUUCAAAUAUACUACUAUUGUGUCGUCUCGUUGUUCACCACAUUCAAUCCGUUUAUAACAAUUCUGACAGUGACUCCACUGAAGCGAACCGUAGUCAGUCAGUGGCGCACAUUUAUACCCAAAUGUGAAAGCACACACUUGCAUUGCCUUUGUUAUCAGCGAGCACCAAAUUGA